CCAAAACAAAAUGGCUGUACUUUUCGCGAUUUUCAUAUUUCUAGCCGUAUAUUUGUCUGGUUUAGCCAAGAAACUGAUACCAGCGGCAGCCAAACUGGUGAUGAACUACCUUCAGAGAGAGACAGAAGGAGUGAGACAGCUGAAGGAGGAGUUGAGGCGACUGACGACGGAGCAGGACUCGGUCAGCAUCAAGGACGAGUUCGCCAGACAUGCGCGUCUGCAGCGUAAAAUCAGCAAGAUCAGGGACCAGCUCAAACAGACAGGCAGAGAGAAGUCAACACUUGCAAUUAAAGUAUCCUGGGUGAUGUCAGCUGUUUUCUAUGUCUGCUAUGGCAUCCUGAUGAUGUCCUUAAUGUGGAGAUACAGAGGAGAACCUGUGCUGCUGCUGCCUGCAGAUUGGCUCUACCCGCUAGGGGGCGUUGUGGCAUUUCCAUCUGGAGUUUCAGGUGCUGUUGGUAUCACAUUCUGGCUGGUUGUGUGUAACCGAGUCUCAGCUGUGCUGGUCUGACAGGGGGGCUGUUGCUGGGAGACCACAGAGCUGUAACAUC